AUGGGGUCGGAGAAGCCCAACUUUCUGUCCCAGCCUGUGGUGAAGAACGUCUUCAUGUACCGCAAUGGUGACCCUUUCUACGAGGCUCGAAGGAUUGUUAUUAACCAGAAGAGAGUGUGCACCUUUGAGACUUUGCUGAGAGAAGUGACGGGCGGCAUCCAGGCGCCUUUUGGCGCGGUGAGGAACAUCUACACGCCGCGCGGAGGACACAAGGUGGACUGUUUGGACAGCCUUCACAGCGGGGAGCAGUACGUCGCCGCUGGCCGGGAGAGGUUUAAAAAGUUAGAUUAUUUACAGAUUGGUUCCAGAAAGAAGAGGAUGUUGAAAAAUCUUCCAUUUCAGGUCAAACCACUUCCACCAAAUCGGAUAUCCGUAUCAGCCAGAUUCCUGAAACCAAUUAAGGAGCCAUGUCCAAUCUUCGUGGUGGCAAACGGGGACACUCUGAACCCUGCAAUAAGGCUGCUGAUCCACCAGAGGAUGCUGAGCCAGUUUGAAAGAAUUCUCGAGAUGAUCACAGAGAAGAUGGGUUUGAGAGUCCUCGGCGGUGUGAGAAGUCUUUUCACUUAUGAGGGCCAGCAGGUGACUGAUGGCACUGAGCUGGAAAGCGGUCAGCUCUAUGUGGCCGUGGGCAGAGAGCGAUUUAAGAAGCUCUCUUACAGUGACCUCCUCUUCAACAAAACCCGAGGGACACGGAGGGUCAAUGGAAUGAAAAUGUGCACACUGCCGCCAAUAUACAGAUUCUCAAAGCAGAAUGGAAACAGUAAGUCCGUGGUCCGGUGCAGUGACAGUGGAGGUAGCGAAUGGAAGGCCUCGCCUCCAAACCACAACAAGGAGCACCUGUCCUCCAUUGUAAGAGAGAUCUCUCAGGCCAGACUCCUAUCCCUCAGGAAGAAGAGGAGCGGACAGAGCAUGACGCUGGGCCUCAGUGACAAUGAUGGCAGCGCCCUGCUCGGCUGUGGCUGCAGAGGCCCGUGGUAUUAA